AUGGAAAACGAGAUGGGAAAUGAUGAGGACUCGGAAGAAAUGGCGCCGGGGUAUUACCUUGAGGAUUGUAAAGAAUUAUUAUCACAAAUGAAGGAACAGGAAAAGAUUCUCAGGCUCAAAAGAAGGUGGCUGAUGGAUUUGCCAUUGUCUGCAAAGUUGAUGAAGAAACUCAGUCCUCUAGCAGACAGGACAAUGCCUGAAAUAUUUCUUAGAGAAGAUGAUGCAGAGUUUUGCACAAUUAAAUCUUCUGUUCAAAAGGUUUUGGGAGUGACAUAUUCUGUAAAUGAAGGACAGGUUGAAGAUGAUUUGCGAUCCUUUUAUUCAAAUUACAUUUUGAGGAAUUUGUCAUCCCUAAUUGAUAGGAUGACAGAAAAAGGAUUACACCGUUUUGCUGAAUUACUGGGAGAUGGCUUUGUUGAAUCUGAGAAAACGGGGAAGAAGUUCAAGGGGAUAAUCCAAAAGCAUCUACCUAUAUAUCUCAAUCAUCAGAACGCUGAUUUCCGGACAAGGAUGGAAGAAAUUUAUUCUCUCUUAAGUAAUCAUGAGAACUUUAAUGAAAAUCCCAACAUUUUUGGUUCAUCAACAAAAUAUCAAGUUGCUGCUAUUAGAUUAUUGGCUGGACUCGAAGACUUGCCUCUUCAGGCACUGAGAGCAAUGCGCAGGAAACUUAAUGGUGAAAGCGGGCAUAUCCCCAGACUGAGUACCUAUAAGCAUGACCAGAAACGUUACAUUAUACGUUAUUUGAAGAACUGUUGCAUGACUAUGUUGUCAGAACUUAAUGAAGGGGAAGAGCUACCACAACCAUUGGCUAAAGCUCUGGCUGUUGCGAGCUUGACAAUAAAUUUGAUACUUGGUCAUCCACACGUACCAGAGUUCCAAAAAUUUUCUCCAGCAAUGGGAUCCUUACAGAAUGACAUUGCAACAGCUAUUUCUCUUCUAAGUUCUAAAUACCGAGUGAGGUCCUCUGAAUUGAAUGUAGUGUUUACAAAGCUGGCUUGCCUUGAGGAUUCUGAAGUGAAGCUUUCAAAGAAAAGUAGGCGUGCUGCCGUGAUUAACAUCCUAAUGGAUUUUCUAUAUGAGUCUAGUGACAUGGAAAUUAUUCCAAAACCAUUAUUAGAUGCAGUUUCUUAUGUAAACAAGAACUCUCGCGAUUCAGAUCAUAGAAGUGUUUUGAAGAAUACAGUUGAACAAGAGGUAGAAUUAGUAUUAGGUUUUAGCGCCCAAAUAAAGCAGGUUGUCUGGGACCUGGUUCCAGAACUAGAAGUUGACAAUGAUUUUUCUGAUGCAUGUAUGGAGCACUUUAUGGAAAACGAUGAUGACGAGGAAGAGGAAGGAAUGCAUUUUUCUCGAACUUGUGGACUUGCUCCCGAUGACUUGAACUGCUCAUCAGAAAGCUUUGGUGAAACAAUUUCCCUUAAUUCUGGGUUGCUCUUGUCGGCCGGUACUGUAGAUGGUAGUCCUUUGUUCCUUUCACCUGACAGUCAUUUGAGAAGCAAACUUCAGUCAGUUCAUAUUACAGAGAGGGAUAUGUUUGAGAAAAACAAUUUUAACAUGUCCCAGUGGCCAGAAUCAGAAAUGAUAGAGAAGAAACCUAUCUUUGAUGGCACCUUUCACCAGUCAGCAAGUGUCGGGAUGAACAAACAGUCUAAUAAAUGCUCAUUUCCAGUAGAAAGCAGUCCAGGUGACUCUUCUGUACCUGUUUUACCUGGCAGAACUAAACUCUGCUUCGAUGUGAAGAAAGAAACAACUCUUUGUGAGCCCGCAAAGAGUGCAGAAGUCCUGCGUCCAAGCUCUCCAACUGGAAACAAGUAUCUUUUCGUUCAGAAAGCUUGUGAUGAUACAAGCAUGGCCAUGUAUCACAUAAUUGGAGGCAUGCUGGCUGAACUUGCACAGGCACAACACUUAGAUUUAAGUCAGGAUAGUUUGGCAUAUCUUCAAAGACAUCGUUCAGUUCCUGAUGAUCCCAAAGAUCAAAUUCACGGAAAGUAUUGUUUGGAGUUCUUUUUGAAGUCCAUUCCUGGAAGUAUUGAUGAAUACAUCUCUUUCCCCAAAAUAAAUAUUGUGGAGGAAGGGAAAAUGCUUGUUAUCGAUGCUGUCAUGCACUUCUCUGAAGAGAUUAAAUCCUGGGCUAGGAGCGGAAUAUCGUACCCAAUUGUAGUGCUCAAGAUUCAUACUGAUAAGGACUUGAUUAGAAUAUGUGAAAUGAGUAUCGAAAGCGGAUUCAAGGACAUGAGGGUCUACGUUCCUCGUGAAGGACAGAUGUUCGGAAGCUUACCAGGGGCUAGAUGA